CAACUAUCUCAUCUCGUACGUACUAGUCUUGAUACGUUAUGACGUCCGUAUUAUCAUAAAGCAUAUCUUUUCAAUAAAGGAGCAAUGGCCCCAGGGCGAGAUUAUGAGAAAUUGAAAGUGAUUUUAGAGAGUACGACUUUCCUUGAGCAUCAACUCACUGAUAUGGGGCCAACAGUUGGAAAUGAUAAAAGGAAAGACUUGGAAACUUAUUUUGGAUGCAAAGUGCCUGAUAGAGUUGAAAUCCAUCCUCCUACGAUUGGAGUCACGAAGGGAAGGAAAAAGAGGAUUAAGAGUGGUGUGGAGAAGGGUCAAGAAAAACAAAAGCACCCUCGACGUUGUCGUUCAUGCAACAAAAUGACUACACAUGACAGUCGUAAUUGUCCAUUGAAAAACAACAGCAAAAGCAGCAGUGAUGAAGAGUAACCAAGUGCUCAGAAUCUUUACAAUUGGACUGCUAGGUUUUCUUGAAUCACCAUUACAAACAGCCAAGUUCAAGCCGUGCAGUGAGCUCCGGUAAACUGCAAUCCUGUCAAAUCCUUCUUCUUCUUAUUAAUCUUUUUUUGUUUAAUUCUGUGUUCUGAAGAAUUCAUAUCUGGGUGUCAAGAUUUCUUUCUUUCUUUGAUGUUACUGUCAAUUUCUUUGUAAAAAAAGAUUGGGUUAGUGG